UUGAGUUUUAAAUGGAUGGCUAUUACUUUAGGAAUCCGUCUCAGAGGGUCGAUUCUUAAAUUUCUUUUGCCACGUGAUCAUAGUUUCCCUCUCCGCCAUCGUGCUACCAGUUUAGAACAGCCUAAAGCUCCGGCGUUCUUACCAUUCGUAAGUUUAGUUUCGGUUGAUUUGCAUCAUUGUUGUAUCAUUGUUCUCGAGAGCCCGAUCGAAAACAUUAUGGAAGUUGCCAAAGUAAAUGAUUCGAGCAACAGCCUCGUCGAGCAAUCAAUGAACGUAACAUCAGCGACGAAAUCCGUCUCAACAACGAAAUCUGUACAAAGUGUUCAGACGAAAUCAGUCGUGGAAUCAUCGACCUCAUUAAAAUCCGUCACUUCCUCAUCGACCAGGAAGCAACAAUCGAUGGAGUAUGAAGAAACGGUCGAAUAUAGCGAUUAAUAUGAUUGGAGUAAUCCCCCCCUGCUAAUUAAAAAAAUUAAAAUAAAUUUCUGUAAUUAAAAAGACAUCGAAACAAACAAGGAGGAAGUAAAAACGUAAUGGAAUUCAGUUCGAUUUUAUUUAUUGUGUAUUCAAGAAGUUGUGAAAUCUUGAAUAAAAGGAAAAUGUUUUGUUACGAA